AUGUUAGACCCAGUCUGGCAGCCCAUUCCGAAUGACAGGGAAUCAUUCAGGCUACUCUCUCUCCACGCUGGCGGAGCAAACAGCCCAAUCGAGGCUACCCUCAUCGUGGCACGGCUGAGCCAGCCGCCACACUAUGAGGCCCUGUCGUACAAUUGGGAGUUGGCGCAGGUGCCGCAUGAGCCAUUCCCGGCAAACAUCAAAGUCAACGGAGAACAUGUUAUUUCCCUCCGGCCCGAUCUCGCCGCCGCUCUCAAGACGCUGCGGUACCUUGACGGUCCGAGGCUUCUCUACGUGGAUGCACUAUGCAUCGACCAAGAAGACAAACUCGAAAAGACUCGGCAGGUCAUGUUGAUGGGUCAAAUCUUCCAGACCGCAGGCCGGGUUCUGUCUUGGCUUGGACCAAGUGAUGUGCCAGUGGCAACGGAUCUCUUAUUCGAAGCUACGACAAAGGUAGAGCCGGACGAUUAUGAGGUCGACUCUGGGGUCUGGAGAACCAGCCACGUGUGUUCCCUAUCGUCGGAGUUGACCUCGUUGAAGCAGACGAUGAUGAGCUUGAUUGAGAGACCGUACUGGCGCCGUGCAUGGAUUGUUUAA